AUGCCGGACUUCUCUACUAGCUCGAACUCCUCUGGAGUCUACACCUACAAGUCCUCUGGAACAAACAGCCAGGGGAAUCACUAUUGCUCCCGCGACUACGACUCCGGAGCCGCCAACUCCAACUCUUACCACUACUCCAACAGCAAUGGCUCCUAUUACUACAGCAACCCCAGUGGCAGCACCUAUUACAACAACGGCAAAGGCUCCUUCACCUUCACCGCUACCAGCGGCAAGAAAUAG